AUGCGUACUCCAUCAGGGCACAUCGUCAGCUCCAGCAGCGCCCCUCAUUCGAUGCAAUCAAGACUCCCCAACCAGCUGUACACCACCAUUGAUGAGUUUAAAUUGGAAUCCGGAGCAAAACUGAAGGAUGUUACCAUUGCCUUCACCGUUAGCGGUCGUCUGAACCCGCUCGGCACCAACGCCAUUCUAAUUUGCCAUGCUCUGUCCGGCACUGCUGAUGUUGCGGACUGGUGGUCGUCCCUCUUCUCACGGCCCAGAUCAGCCUUAGACCUCACGAAGUUCUGUGUUAUAUGCUGCAACGUCUUGGGCAGUCCUUAUGGCUCUUCAAGUCCUCUUUCCAUCAAGCCUGGUAGCACAUCGUGCUACGGAAGCUCUUUCCCGAAGACGACAAUCCGAGAUGAUGUUCGGAUCCAGAAGCAUGUUAUGGAUAUUCUGGGUGUACAAUCAAUCUACUGCAUAAUUGGUGCAAGCAUGGGUGGUAUGGUUGCGAUGGAAUGGGCGUUACACCAUGGUCCCCGCUAUGUCCGAUCAGUAGUCCUGAUCUCAACCGCCGCGAGACAAAGCCCGUGGGCCAUAGCAUGGGCCGAGAAUCAACGUUCGACCAUCAAGUCUGAUUCAAGAUGGCGUGGAGGCUGCUACGGCGACGAUCCUCCCGUAGCUGGUCUGGCGGCUGCGCGUAUGGCAGCCAUGCUAUCGUAUCGGACAUAUUCGUCCUUUGAGAAGCGAUUUGGAAGACGCCAGAUAGAUGUCAAAGUCCUCGAAAGGGGACCCUGCAACGGAUAUCGGUCUGGACAGAUCGGGACAUGCACAGAUGUCGGCGAUAUUGAGGCCGAGGGCAACCCAUCUCCGGUAUUCCUGGCGCAGAGCUACCUGUGGUAUCAAGGCGAGAAAUUCAACAGACGCUUUGACGCCAACUGCUACGUCCACAUCUUGGACAAGAUCGACACACACGAUAUCUCCAGAGGUCGCUGUCCACACUUGUGUCCGAGCGAAGCCAUGAAGGAGGUCCUGAAAGGGAUGAAGCAGCGCGCCCUCGUGAUUGGUGUUGCCUCAGACGGCCUCUACCCGAUCCAGGAGCAAAUGGAGUUGUCAGAGCACAUUCCAAAUGCACAGUUUGCCUGGAUGGAAAGUGAUGACGGACAUGACGGAUUCCUGCUUGAGGGGGAGCAGAUGAACAAUCUCCUGCAGCUCUUCUUCGACCGACAGCCGCUCGUCGAAGAGGUACCGACCUGCUGGAAGGCGACCAGGAUCCCGAACAUCAGUCCCGGUGAGACUAACCAUUGCUUAGAAACUGUGCAGUAUGCAGUUGAGACGACAGAUAUCAUGUCUUAUGUAGGGGACUGGUAG